AAAGAUGUUUUGUUGUACCAAUAUACAUUUCAUGAUUCGUGAAAAAUUCCAUUGAUUGUGAUUUCUAUCGUAAAUAUCUCGUUUUCCAAUCUGAGAUAAUAAUCCCGACAAAAGAAGACUACAUUAUAUAUAUUCUUGUGCAUAUAAUUAACUCUAAAGGUUAUUAGUUUUUAUCAAAACUGCUUGCAAAGUUGUGUCUAAACUUUAUCGUUUGUUCCGCGAUUUAUUUGUAUUUGUGAUGUAUUUCUGGCCUAUUUAAGGGUCAAUAACUGUAUUGUGUACGCAUAUAAAAAAGAAGAGUUUUUGUACAGAAGAUGAAUCAGUAGAACUAUGGCAACAACAUGCGAAACAUCAGUAAUGUUGGACAACAAGGCAGAGAAAGAGCCUACACAGGAGCUGGUGGCGGUGCGAGUGCCAAUCAAUGGCAUGACAUGCCAGUCCUGCGUGCGGAGCAUCGAGGGGUCCGUGCGCGAGCUGCCUGGCGUACACCAUGUCAAGGUGGAAUUAUCAGAGCACGCGGGCUACUUCAGAUAUGACCCGCGCGUGUGCUCCGUGGAGGCCAUCCGGUCUCACAUAGAAGAUAUGGGGUUCGAGGCGCCCACGGACAGCAUAGACGACGAAACCAGAAACCUCCUUCCCCGUGAAAUCCCCACAGACCUGCUGAUCGACAUGACGGGGUCCGGGCCGCCCAGUGAGAGCACCGCGCUCAUAUCCGUCGUAGGCAUGACUUGCCAGUCCUGCGUCAACACUAUCGAAGGCAGUGUGAGAGAGAUGCCCGGCGUGUCGUUCGUGGCAGUGAGCCUAGCAGACAACACGGCGCUCGUGAAGUUCAACCCUGCGUCCGCGACGGCUAAGCAAGUCGCCGACGCGAUAUACUCGCUGGGCUUCGACGUUAACAUUAUCAGCGUGGACGAUGUUGCAGAUGCUUCACAGAACAAAACCGAGGGAGGUUCCGGCGAUAGAGUCAAAAUAUCUCCCGCGAAGAGUAAAACACAAGCUAAUGGCACCAUACCGUCCACGUCGGAAGGGGUGGAGAUAUCGCGAUGUACGCUGGAGGUGCGCGGCAUGACGUGUGCGUCGUGCGUCGCCGCCAUCGAGAAGCAUUGCUCCAAAAUGCACGGUGUCCACUCAAUAGUAAUAGCACUUCUAGCAGCCAAGGCAGAAGUGCGAUAUGAACCGUCAAAGAUAUCUGCCGUGGCAAUCGCAGAAUCUAUAACAGAGUUGGGCUUCCCUUCAGAGUUGAUAAGUGAAAGCGGCGCGCCCAAAGACCUGACUUUAAUGAUAAAAGGCAUGACUUGCGCGUCGUGUGUCAACAAAAUAGAAAAGACUGUACUUAAACUUAACGGUGUUGUUUCCUGCUCCAUUGCGCUCACUACCUCCAAAGGCAAAGUAAAAUACGACCCCGAGAUAAUCGGCGCGAGAAAAAUCUGUGACGUUGUCAACAGUCUCGGGUUCGAGGCCACGGCUGUCAGCUCACACAAUCGAGGCACCACCAACUAUUUAGAACAUAAAGAAGAAAUAAGAAAAUGGCGGAACGCGUUCCUGAUAUCGCUGAUAUUCGGAGCCCCCUGUAUGGCGGCGAUGACGUACUUCAUGCUAAUCAUGAGUCACCACCACAGCCCGCGCGACAUGUGCUGCGUGCUGCCCGGACUGAGUCUAGAAAACCUGCUCAUGUUCCUUCUUGCUACUCCUGUACAGUUCAUCGGUGGUUGGCACUUCUACAAGCAAGCGUACAAGGCGUUACGGCACGGCACUUCCAACAUGGACGUACUCAUAUCCAUGACCACUACCAUCAGUUACUCGUACUCGCUGGCAGUAGUGAUAGCUGCGAUGGCGCUGCAGAAGGACACGAGUCCGCUAACGUUCUUCGACACUCCGCCGAUGUUACUCGUCUUCGUGUCUUUGGGACGAUGGCUAGAACAUAUUGCUAAGGGUAAAACGUCGGAAGCGCUAUCAAAACUGCUGUCGUUGAAGCCCACCGAAGCCGUCCUGGUUACACUGGACCAGGAGGGCCGAGAAAUAGCAGAGAAGAGCAUACCAGUGGAUCUCGUGGAGAGAGGAGACGUUUUAAAGGUAGUGCCCGGCGCUAAAAUUCCGGUGGAUGGGAAGGUGAUAUCGGGCCAGAGUACGUGCGAUGAAUCUCUGAUAACCGGCGAGUCUAUGCCUGUGGCCAAAACGAAAGAUUCGCUCGUGAUAGGAGGCAGUAUAAACCAGCAUGGCGCGUUGCUAAUGCGCGCGACGCACACGGGUGAGGCCAGCACACUGGCGCAGAUCGUUCGCCUGGUGGAGGACGCGCAGAGCUCCAAAGCGCCGGUGCAACGACUAGCUGACACUAUAGCGGGGUACUUUGUCCCAAUGGUGGUGUUCCUAUCGGUCCUGACGCUGGUGUGUUGGGUCAUCAGCGGAGCGCUGGACAUCGACAGGAUAAAGGCCAUCACACCCGAAAUAUACCUGAACUCUGGGUUUUCUGACUGGGAGCUCAUCAUACAGACGGCGUUCCACUUCGCUCUAUCUGUUCUGGCGAUUGCUUGCCCCUGUGCCCUGGGACUUGCUACCCCUACCGCUGUGAUGGUGGCUACGGGGGUAGGAGCCAAGUUGGGACUGCUGAUCAAAGGGGCGGAACCCUUGGAGAAUGCUCAUAAGGUGAAAACAGUGAUCUUCGACAAAACCGGCACAAUCACCCGCGGCAGCACGAGCGUCGCGCGGCUGUCGCUGCUGACGGGCGAGCCGGCCACGCUGCCCGACGUCCUCGCCUGCAUACUGUCCGCGGAACUCAACUCUGAGCAUCCCGUCGCUUCAGCGAUAGUCCGCUGGUGCUCGGGCGUGGUCGGGGAUGCUCGCGCAUCGUGCAGCGGCUUCGCGGCCGCGCCGGGCUGCGGUUUGCGCGCCAAGAUCACCUUGCGGCAAAACGCGCAGCAAUCGCCGCAGCUACGCGCGGUUUUGGCUAAUGCUAGGGAAGGCUCAACGAUCCAACUGCAAGGCGUGCCCGUGGAGAUAGUGGGGGGAGCGGGGGACGCGGCCUUAAGUUCUGCGCAGGCCGCGCAGAGGCUGCACGCGGUCAUACGGCCCAACGGGGAUGACCGCGAAGAAGUGGAACAAUUAGUGCUGAUCGGUAACCGGGAAUGGAUGGCGCGAAACGGCGUAUCCGUUCCGCGGAGAGUUCAGGAGACUUUACAGAGGGACGAGGAGUUAGGACGCACGGCUGUGUUGGCGGCUAUUAAUGAUCAACUGGUAUGCACGAUAGGCGUGUCGGACGAAGUAAAGGCGGAAGCACACUUGGCGGUGUACUGCUUGAAGCGGAUGGGGCUCGAAGUGUGCUUGCUCACCGGGGACAACAGGAAGACAGCAGUGGCCAUCGCGAGACAGGUGGGAAUAACCAAAGUGUACGCGGAAGUGUUGCCAUCACACAAAGUCGCGAAAAUACAGAAACUUCAGGAAAAAGGACAGAAAGUCGCUAUGGUGGGCGACGGUGUGAACGACUCGCCGGCGCUAGCUCAGGCCGACGUGGGCAUCGCCAUCGCGAGCGGCACCGACGUCGCCGUGGAGGCCGCUGACUUAGUUCUCAUGAGGAACGAUCUAUUAGACGUGGUGGCGUGUCUAGAGCUGUCGCGGACGACCGUGAGAAGGAUUCGCCUCAACUUUCUGUUCGCGUCAGUGUAUAACCUUCUGGGCAUUCCCCUCGCCAGUGGAGCGUUCGCGCUCUAUGGCUUGCAGUUACAGCCGUGGAUGGCGUCCGCCGCCAUGGCGAUGAGCUCCGUGUCCGUCGUGUGCUCCAGUUUAUUGCUCAAAACAUUUAACAAACCGUCUCCAGAACAGCUGCGCACGACGGAGUACCUGCAAUCCAUACACCUGGAGGAGCUGGACUCCGUCUCCGUGCACCGAGGCCUGGAUGAGAAGGUGGACCCUACGGAUAGAGGAACGGCGCUCGCUAACGGCAAGCGGGACCCGCUCAAGUCGACUCUGUUAAAGUUGUGAUGACUAUUCCAUCGCAGCAAGCCUAACGAUGGCUGCCUGUUGCGGGAAGAGGACGACAUGCUCACCGUCUCUUUCAUCCCCAAGCGGCCAACGCGCGACCAGCCCAGCCUUAACGGGUGAUCUCAGUUUAAAAGUCUUCGGGAAUUAUAAGCGUAUCAAUAAAAAUAAAUUUAUAUAGGAAAUAUUGCACAUUGAAUUUUAGAAAGAGAUUUCGGCUUUGUAGAACGUCGUCUCUGUCACUCAUACCUGUGUGACGUUUUGUCGGUCCCAACGACAGAGACAACGCUCUACGAAACCCUUAUCUCAUUCUAAAAUUCAAUUUGCAAUAUUUUCUGCCGGGUGCUGUAAAGAGAGGUGUUUUAUUUAAAGUUAGUCUGUAUUUUGGACCAGUGGUAUGGUUAUAUUCAUUUUUGUUUGAACGUUUGAACUGUUUAUAAAGAAAGAAACGAUGUAAAACCUAUAUUUAGUUGUUAGUACUCAAAAAAAUCGGUCAGACAACGGGUUCCGUACCAUCAUAUAAGAAAUAUUACUUUUUAAUUUCUUUAAAUUUUCAUGGCGGCCAUUUUGAGAUUUUUAUUAUUUGUUGUUAUGGCGGAAAUAGAUAUACACAAUCUGUGAAAAUUUCAUCUCUCUACCUAUUACUGUUUACGAAAUACAGGCCGCUGACAGACAGACGGACGGACGGACAGCAAAACUUAGUAUUAGGGUACGAAACCCUGAAAAUGUUAAAAUGAGGUUACAUUUUCAAUAUUUUUGUUGUUUAAAAAUCUGGCUAUAGGUCUUCCUUUUAUGCAGAACAUAUUUUAAAUGAAACUAAUAUGUGGGGUGAUUCACUAACUCAUCACUUCACGAAAUUAAAGCUAUGAAACUCAUUUGCCAUUGUUUGGCUCUACACUGCUGCUUCACUGAGCGAUAUAAAAAUAUUUCGUUGCAAACCUUCAAUAGAUUAAAAAUAAAUGUCAAAUGAGCUUAAUGGCUUCCAUUCAGUGAUGACCACUGAGUUAACGAAUCACCCCGCAGUAAUCCGUACUUUUUGAAAUUUCUUUUGAGGUUAAUAUGUAACUAAUAUGAUUGUAUUAAUAUUAUUUAAUGAAAAUAUAAGCUUGUAAAAAAUAGAAUACUUUCAAUAAUAGUUAAUUUAGUUGCCAUUGCUAUCAUUGGUACAAAAUAUACCUGAAUAUAUAAUGUAAAUAAA